CGCAGCCACCCCCGCCCCGGGGCCUGGGUCAGGGCCAGGGCCAGAAGUGGCUGCGCCCGGCGGCGCGCGCUGCUGCAACCACCCGCCGCAAGACGAGUUCGACUGCGUAGGCAAGAACGUGGCGCUCAAGCUGCGCGCCCUCGCCCGCGCCGCCCCCGUCCAGGGCAUCGUCGCGGAGAAGCUGAUCGCCGACGUGAUGUUCCACGCGCAGCUGGGCGCGCUGUCGCGGGAGUCUCACGUGGCGCCGGGGCCGGCGGCGGGGCCAGCGGGGGCGGCGGGCGCGGGGCCGAGCGGCGCGCCCAGCCCCAGGGCCCAGGCCGAGGCGGCGCCCAGCGACUCCAGCCACCCCUG